GCGAUCGUCGCGGUUUUCACUUUGGGAACUUUGAUAAACCGACGCAGGCAUGUCAGAUCGCCGGAAAUCCCAAGUGUUGAAUCACCGUUGCUUGCGGAUGGUCUUGAGGACGUGAAGCCAAACACAGACGACGAACGUUCGCUCCGCAACCGCCGGACACCUCAGUCUCGUCUUCUAGCACAUUUUCCCUUCCUGCUGGAAAUAUUGUACUGGCUGCUCACAUACUGGGUAUGAUGUGCUCACCCAUAUAUGUAAGGGACGCAAUCUAACUGAAGACUCAAGAUCUACCAAGGGCUGCGGGCGUUCUCUGCUCGAAUGAUUGCCGGCCACAAGGAGAUCUUCGACACAGCUGAGCGCCAUGCUAUUUCGAUCCUUCACCUAGAGCAUUUCCUCCACCUUGACGUCGAAUUGUCGGUUCAGAGAUACAUCCUCAACGAGAUUCCGUGGCUCAUGCCCUUUUUGGCGCGUGUAUAUUACUCGCACAUCGUUCUUGGAGUGGUAUUUGUGGUUUAUUGCUAUACCUUUGUUCAGCGUGACAGAUACCAGGCGCUCCGACGCACGUUGGCAUUUGAGAAUGUCAUUGCCUUUACGAUCCUUACUCUGUGGAGGUGCAUGCCCCCGCGUCUCCUGCCCGAGGAGUACGGGUUUGUCGAUGUCCUGCACAGUAACAAGGGCGGUUCGGCUUGGACGCAGAACAAGUUCCAGCUCACAAUCGCAGCGAUGCCUUCGCUUCACUUCGGAAACUCCAUGUUCAUUGCGCUGUGUCUGCUCAAGUUCAGCCCUCAUUGGUACCUGCGAAUGAUCGCGCCGUUGUGGCCCAUGAUGAUGGGUCUCACGAUCGUUGCGACCGCCAACCACUUCAUUUUGGACGCUGUCGUUGGUGCAUGUGUGGUACUCACUGCUUUUAGGUUCAACCGCGUCAUGCUGGGUCUGCUGCCGAUAGAGAGAGCGGUUUUUAGAUUGCUUCGCCUAGAGAAGCCUUGAGCUUAUAGAGGGCGAUGGGAUGAUUGGGUUAGCCAUUGGACUGGAGACCUAUAUAUUUUUAGGGAUACUUCGUCUUUCCGUGAUGCAGCCAUCAAUAUGUAUGAGUAUCGCACUCACGAACAGAACUUCAGUUACGAACUCACCGUGUAUAACAAGAAGAUAGACAGUGAUUCCUGCAUUUGAAAACUGGGUAGACUAAGUAGCUUGGUAGUCCUGCAGCUAGGCAUUGCCAAGAC